AUGACCGUCUUCCUCGUCCCGCAGCCACGACUGCCAGACGCCCGCGUUGAUCCCGUCACAUCAAUCCUGCAUCAACAAGAUGAACACCGCUACGUCGUCGUACCUGGCGAGAAUCCGACGCCACCUCAGCGCCCCUUGCGCGCUCGCAGUCGCAGUCGCUUUCGCACGGCUUUGCGUAGCCGACCAAUGACUGCGCCCUCUGACAGCGGAUCCUCGUCGUCUUCUCCAAGAUCUAGCUCUGGUGCGCUCAUCCGCAGCGCCUCGCUGGUCCCAUUGAUGGGCAAGAACAAGUCAAAACCCAACUUCGUGUCGCGCUCUCUGACCACACUGGAUACGAGAAGUACACCCGCUUUACGCCGCACCUCGACGUCCUUCGACGCCGACGCGGUGAACCAUCGACGCAACUUUGCCCUCGUAGACGAUACCUUCAUCGGCACAGAGCGACACCUCGACGACCUCGUGCACACGAGUGAGGGACAGAGCAUGACUUACGAAGAGCGCCUUUCCCUCGCUCGCCAAGCACUUCAGGCCAAGCUGCUCAACAUCAACGUCGCUCUGGCCAACCGAGGACGGCGCAGCAGCAAGAGCAGCAGCGGCAAUUCUGCCUUUGAGCGGCGUACUGGCGGCGGCGGCGGCGGUGGCGAUGGCGGCGAUGCGGCGUCCAAGAAUUCGCAACAUGACACACCACCAGUAGUCGCUGCCCAGGUAGUUGCGCGCUCCUCGUGCGACUCUGCACUGGAGUCAGGGCUGAAUGGCUCACGCCUCCGCCCCCUCGCGCUGCCGCAGCGGCACCCUUUACGGCCACGCCCCAUCAGCUGCUCGCCCGUCUCUACCAUUCACACCAACAUGUCGGCCACUCCACCGCGCCGAAGCUCUGGAGGCGUCAUAUGGGCAGAUGCAUCCACGCAGACGAGCGAUCCUGGCGAAGCAGAUGCACGAUCCGAGCAGUACGACCUCUUUCCCGCGGACUUUGAAGCACCAGCCUCGCGCGGACUCUACGCACCUGUGGUGAUUGCGCACUCUGGCUCGCCGCCUUGCAUCACGACGACAACACUCGAGAUCCCGCACACCAUUCCAGCCAACGUCGACACUUCUCCGCUGGGCUUGACCUACGAAUCCUUUCUCAGCAUCGGAUCGAGCACCCCAGACACGGGCAGCGGCAGUGAGAGCGACUCGCUGCCUUCGCGAAGAGGUCGGGCGUCACUGCUUCUCCCGCCGCAUCCUGAGGAGGCAGACGAACAAUCCCCGCCUGUCCCGCCCAAGGACUACCCACACCCGGGCACGCGUAUCAGCUCGCUCGAGUCAGUCACAACGGGCGGCGUCUCCACGCUGACUCUGCCCACUGCCGUCGAAUCUGCCGGUCAUGGCCAGACGUUUGGGGGCAAGGCUCCAUCCUCUCCACGCCAGUCGCCACGCCAAGUCAUGUGGCGAGGUCUCGCUGCAGAUGCGUGGGCGGCCGGACCCUUCCUACGAGGCAAACUAACAUCGAGGCCCUUGUUCCGCCGCAAGAACUCUGCCGAGGGAGUGAGCCCUAGCAUCUCAAGCCGCACCGAGGACAGGCCCGUACCACCUGUGCCAGCGCCCGCCUCGGAACCCAACAACACAGUCUUUGCAGGCUCGAUGCUCGAGUGGUUCGAGCAAGAGGAGGACAGCGACGAGGACGAUCCGAUUGAAGGCGAGCAAGGAGAGCCUGCCGCCCCUAAUACCCCGCCAGCGCUGCGGCAUGGCAGCCAGACCAAGGCAUGGAUCCGCAAUGUUCGCGAUCAGCACAGCUUCGAAUACUGCAUCGGCUCUCCCAAUCGGCCUAGCUUUGCCAGCAGCAGCCGUGGUGGCGGCGGCAGCGAGGGCGAGACGAAGCAUACUCACAGCGCGAGUGAGCCUCCGCCCCUCAAGCCCAUCCUGGUCCAGCCUGCGGAGCGACCCUCAACGGGGACAGCCUCGACCGUCUCAUCCUCACGACAUCGUCGCAACGGCUACAUACCUCCGCCGGCUGGACCACCGCUAGAGAUCCCUCUCCCUGCUCUGCCCCUCGAUGCGCUCCCCAAACCGCCCAGCUCGUCGUGCGACACCGCUCCGCCCAUCCUGUCCGCGCGCAACUCGUUGAGCGAGAAGACCUGCUCUCCACUCUUGCACCCGCACAACUACAACAAGAAGCUGAGUCGCAGGGAAGAGGCCAAGGACGAUGCGAACAAGGGCAAGGAAAAGCAGCGCGUCAGCACCGAGUCGCAGACGGAUGAGCGCGGUACGCAGACUAGCAGCCAAGCCAAGCUAUCCGGAUCAGCGCCGCUACGUGCCUCCUCCUCGUCACACUCGCAUGACAGUACUUCGACGGUGCAGGGCUACGUGCACAACGCCACGCCCUCGACGAGCUACGAGUCCACUCAGUCGUCUUCGUCGUCCAGCGAGCUGCAGCUGCAGUCGCAACGCGCCAAGAGUCCCACCACGUUGCGUCGCGCGCAUGGCUUCAAGGUGCUGAUGAAACUCGCACCGCCCAGCGUAGCCGCUGCCUCUGCUCUGGCCUCUACUGCUCCCACGGGGAGCGCGACGAGCACCAUGCCCAACACACCAACCUCAUCUACUCCGAUCAAUGGCAACGUCAAUGGGAACAAGAAGCCGCGAGAGAUCAAGAGGAGGCGAUUCGGCUCUACGAGCAAGGAAAAGCCCAAGCCCAAGCCCAAGCCCAAGAAGCCAACACCGCCUCAAGCUCCCACAUCAAGAUUGGCCGCCGGCACGUCGUCACAAGACGCUAUGCUACUGACCCUCGCUGGGCUGGGGUGA